CGUGGCAAACAGUGGCUGGGCAUCGCUUGAGCUGUGAGAAUGACGCUUGGCACAGUGCUGCUUCUGCUGUUCUGCAUCCUGAUCUGUGGAUAUUACUACCUGAGACACCAUUAUGCCUAUUGGAUAGCACGCGGAGUGCCUGAGCUGCGUCCUCGGCUGUUUGUGGGCAACCUGGGCGGGCUGCUGAGCAUGCGCAGUAGUCCGGCGGAUUUCAUUGGCGAGAUGUACAAUCAUCCGGAUGCGCAGGAUAAGCCCCUUGUGGGCAUUCAUGUGUUCUAUAAGCCAGCGCUGCUCUUGCGCGAUCCGGAGCUGAUUAAGCGAAUCAUGGUCAAGGACUUUGCGAAAUUCAGCAAUCGCUACUCGAACUCGGAUUACAAAGGCGAUCCGUUGGGCUCGCAGAAUAUAUUCUUUCUGAAGAAUCCGGCCUGGAAGGAGGUGCGCCUGAAGCUGUUGGAUGGGCAGCUGCAUCGCAUUCGUUUCGGACACCCCUCUCGGGAGCUGUACAUCGAUGAUCAUUGGUAUGAGAUCUACUUUGGUGGACCGCCCGUUUCCCUGCCCAUCGGCAAUAAGUUGCAUGUGCUGAAGGCGGAGGGACCGCCGCCAAAUGUGGACAUCGGUCGUGUGCGUCGAGAUUUAGUUGUGGGCAAAAUCAACAUGAUUGUCGAUGCACACACAAUUGUGCCGCUGUUUCUCGAUGGCCGCCAGCAGACGUUCCAUUUGGGCGCCGAGCAACACUCGCUCCAAUUCGUGGAUAGUUUCCUUUAUGCAUUGCUAGAUGGACAGCUGCAGAAGCUGGAAUAUGGGGGACUGCCUAAGAGCAUGAAAUUGAAUGGAGGACGCAAUUGCUUCAUACGCUUUGGCACGCUGCCCAAGGGCGUGCAGGCGGGCAAGACCCACGUUCAAGAUAUGGUAUACAUUAAGACUGAGGCUCCAGCGGAACCACCACAACCGCCGCCACUGCCAGUGGCUGGGUUGCCAACUGUACCAGCCGCCGCAGUAGCAACGCCCGAGCAGCCAGCAGCUGUUGCAGCUGUCGGCGUGCCAACAAAUACUGCUCCUGUUGUUCCUUUGCCUGAGGCAGCAGCAGCUGCUCUAAGCAAUCUCAACAUUGACGAGCUCUUCCAGAAGCUCGUCUCGUCGGGCAUAAUUGCUGGUACCACCAGCAACAGCAGCACAGUCAACGUACCUGCUUUGGAUACGAAUUCCAACUCUAGCAAAGAGGCGACAGCAACAACUGUAGCACCAGCAGCAACUGUGGCGCCUGUUGUAGCUGCAACACCUGCCGCAACUGUGCCUGCAGUCGCACCUCUCGAGCCCAUCAAGCGCAUUGAUCUGACGAAGCCAGAGACAAUUAAGACACGUCAGGCGGCCGUGAUAGCCACCCUGUAUUUGGGCAUGCAGUGCAGCAGCUGUGGCGUGCGCUUCCCACCGGAGCAGACCAUCAAGUAUAGUCAGCAUUUGGAUUGGCAUUUCCGUCAGAAUCGAAGGGAACGCGAUUCGACACGCAAGCCAACGUCGAGGCGUUGGUACUAUGAUCUCAAUGAUUGGAAGCAAUACGAGGAAAUUGAAGAUGUGGAAGAACGAGAAAGGAAUUUCCUCGAAUCUCAGGGCCAACAAUUGGGACCUGAUGCCAUCGAUGAGGUGUCCCAGCAACGUUCGCUCAAUUCACCUGUUCCCAGCUGUGCAGCCGGUCCGACAGAUGUGGAUCGCGGCUGUGACAUGUGCCACGAGAAAUUCGAGCAGUUCUACAACGAAGAGCUGGAGGAAUGGCAUCUACGCUCAGCUAUACGCGUAGACGACAAGAUCUAUCAUCCACUAUGCUACGAGGACUACAAAGCUUCGCUCAAUCCACCUCCAGUUGUUGAUAACGACACGACAGCAAAUGAAGAUGUGGAUAUGCUAAAUGCUAGCGAUGACAACGCCAUGGAUACGCUGAUCAAGCUGGAAGAUGAAUCGGAUGAUGUCAAGAAGACAUCCAGCACGGUGCUGGCCGACGAUGAUGAUGAUGAUGUCAUUGUGCUGCCCAAUGAGGAACCUAGUGUUACAGAGAUUGUCGAUGACGACGAUGAUGAAUAUGUGCCCGUCGCUACGGCAACCGAACCAGAGACAGAGCUGUCCAAGGAGAAGCCAACAAGCAGCCAACAGGAAGAUAAACAACAGCAGCAAUCGAAUGAGCAGCAGCUUCAUAACGAGCAUCAUCAAAAAGUGUCAGAGAACGCCAAUGAAUCAGAUGUGGAAAUACAGGAGCCAAACAUUCCCUUUACCGAUCUGGACAACUAUGUAGAAAAGGAGCCAGUGCCGAUGCUCAAUGUGAAAAUCAAAGAAGAGCCGAAGGAUGACGACGAAGAGGAUGAUGAUGGCUUUGAGGAUGUGGGCACAGUAGUACAAUUGCUGCCGCUGCCAGAAGAUGAGAUAUCCAUAUUAAGUAGCGAAACAUUAACCCAUACCAUCGAUUCGACUGCAUCGCCAGCUACGCUGGAGCGUCCAGCCUCGGUAACAUCUCUCUCAUUGCCAGCCAAUGACGAUGAGCUGGAACUGGAGCCAGUUGCUGCAGCAGCCAGCAGCGAGGCCGAUUUUAAUGUCGAAGCUGAGCCGGAGCCUGUGAUCGAACUGAAGCCGGCGCUGCGACAGGUGACGCUGAAGAAAACGAAGAAAGUUCAAAAUGGCAUCGAAACUUCGGGCCUGUGCUCGAUCAUGUAG